AUUGUUGCGUUAGCUAGUGUUAUUCAUAAACAACGUACUUCGUUGCUGAUCUAUGUAUUGUACAUAGACGGAACGUCGCUGCCGUUCUAACUGCACCUUCAACAUGCAGUUUAGGAAUGAUCUUUCGGGAGAAGGAGUGGAUACAGAACCCCUUCGUCUACAACCAAGUCAAGGUGUAUGAGUAUUAUGUAGGUCCAUAAUGGUAUGAACGCGGUUUUCAUCGGAAGACGGGAGUUAUUUGGGAAAAGCGUUACAACACAGGCCCUGGAAACGACACUGGUUCAUACGCUGCUGUACCGUGAGCCAGGGAAGUAUAUCAAACAAAUUUCAACAAUCCGUGAAUUACUACAUUUACAUGUUUACAUGGAAAUUACAAAGGGUAUUAGGGUAAUUGAUCAUGGAAUAGAAGACAUUAACCAGGAUGAAUAUCAAGAAGUUAUGUAAAACGAGUGAAAUAUAGCCUUCAGAGGGUGUUUACUUUAACCAAAUGCACAUAUUUCAAAAAUAUAAGAAAGUUCGACACCAUGGUUCUAAUGUGGAAAAGGGAAGUCUUUGUGGUCAAACCACAUUAUCUAGGUGUUCCACAAGGAAUGUCUAAGGCGGCCAAAUAUCUCGAUAAUAUUAGAGCAAGUAUGGUUGAAGAAGAUACAGAGAACUGUUCUCCAUUACUAACGGCUUUAAGGAAUGGUCACCUUGAUGAAGUACGAAACCUAGUCAGUCAUGGGGCGAACGUGAAUCAGGGUGAUGCCCGGGAUGAUGCUGAAGCUAGCUGGACGCCGUUAGUGAUCGCAGCAAAGACCGGCAGAGUGGAGCUGUUGAAAUUUCUCAUCGAUCAUGGGGCUGAGAUUAGAAAGUCUGUUAAAGGACUGACCGCUUUACACUUUGCCGCUUUCUUUGGUCAUCUUGAUGCUAUCAAAUAUCUGAUUAGUCAAGGGGCCGACGUGAACGGGGAAGGUGAUACUGGCGCCACUGCAAUAAAUACGGCUGUUAUAUAUGGUCAUCUUGAUGUCAUCAGAUAUCUUAUCCAUCAUGGAGCGAAGGUGAACAAAGGAGACAACAUUGGUGUGACUGCAUUACACACUGCUGCUCAUAAUGGUCAUCUUGAUGUCACCAAAUAUCUGAUCGGUCAAGGGGCUGACGUGAAUAAAGGAAAUGACAAUGGUUUGACUGCAUUACACGUUGCUGCGAUGAAUGGUCAUCUUGAUGUCACCAGAUAUUUAAUCCACCAGGGGGCCAAGGUGAAUAAAGGAAAUAACAAUGGUGUGACUGCAUUACACUUUGCUGCAAGUAAUGGCCAUAUUGAUGUCACCAAAUACCUGAUCAGUCAAGGGGCUGAAGUGAAUAAAGGAGAUAACAAUUGGUGGACUGCGUUGCACGUUGCUGCUGAGAAUGGUCAUCUUGAUAUCAUCAAAUAUCUUAUCAGUCAAGGAGCAGAUGUGAAGAAAGGAGAUAAAAAUGAUUGGACUGCAAUUCAAAUUGCUGCCCAGAAUAGUCAACUUGAUGUCAUCAAAUAUCUUAUCAGUCAAGGAGCUGACGUGAAUAAAGGAAAUGACAAAGACGUGACUACAUUACGAAUUGUUGCUAAGAAUGGUAAUCUUGAGAUCACCAAAUAUCUGAUCAGUAAAGGGGCUGAAGUGAAUAAAGGAUAUAACGAUGGUAUGACUGUAUUACACUUUGCCGUUAUGAAUGGUCAUCUUGAUGUCGUGAAAUAUCUGAUCAGUCAAGGGGCUGAAGUGAAUAAAGAAGAUAAUGAUGGUGUGAAUGCAUUACACAUUACUGCUUUCUUUGGUCAUUUGGAUGUCAUCAAAUAUCUGAUCAGUCAAGGGGCUAAAGUGAAUAAAGGAGAUAACAAUUGUUGGACUGCAUUACACAUUGCUGCUCAGAAUGAUCAUCUUGAUGUCAUCAAAUAUCUGAUCAGUCAAAGGGCUGAGGUGAAAAGGGAAAACAACAUUGGUGCGACGGCAUUACACAUUGCUGCUCAGAAUGGUCAUCUUGACGUCAUCAAAUAUCUGAUCAGUCAAGGGGCUGAGGUGAAUAAAGGAGUUAACUAUGGUUCGAAUAUAUUACACAGUGCUGCUUACAGUGGUCAUCUUGAUGUCGUCAAAUAUCUGAUUAGUCAAGGGGCUGAGGUGAAUAAAGGAAAUGACAACGAUGUGACUGCAUUAUACAUUGCUGCUGAGAAUGGUCAUCUUGACAUCACCAAAUAUCUGAUCAGUCAAGGGGCUGAGGUAAAAAGAGAAAAUAACAAUGGUGUGACUGCAUUGCACACUGCUGCUGAGAAUGGUCAUCUUGAUGUCAUCAAAUAUCUGGUCAGUCAAGGGGCUAGGGUGAAUAAAGGAGAUAGAAAUGGUGUGAGUGCAUUACACAGGGCUGCUAAGAAUGGUCAUCUUGAUGUUGUCGAAUAUCUGAUCAGUCAAGGGGCUAGGGUGAAUAAAAGAGAUAACAAUGGCGCGACUGCAUUACACACUACUGCUUUCUUUGGUCGUCUUGAUGUCAUGAAAUAUUUGAUCAGUCAAGGGGCUGAGGUAAAACAAGGAGAUGACAAUGGUUUGACUCCAUUACACAUUACUGCUUACUUCGGUCAUCUUACUGUAACCAAAUAUCUGAUCAGACAAGGGGCUGAAGUGAAUAAAGGAGAUAACAAUUGUUGGACUGCGUUACACAGGGCUGCUAAGAAUGGUCAUCUUGAUAUUGUCGAGUAUCUGAUCAGUCAAGGGAUUGAAGUGAAUAAAGGAGAUAGAAAUGGUUGGACUGCAUUACACUUGGCUGCUCACAAUGGUCAUCUUGAUGUCAUUAAAUACCUGAUUAUUCAAGGGGCUGAGGUGAAAAAGGAAAACAACGUUGGUGCGACUGCAUUACACAUUGCUGCUCAGAAUGGCCAUCUUGAUGUCAUCAAACAUCUUUUCCGUCAAGGGGCUGGGGUGAAUAAAAGAGACAACGAUGGUUUGACUGCAUUACACAUUGCUGUUAAGAAUGGUCAUCUUGAGGUCAUCAAAUGUCUUAUCAGUCGAGGGGCUGAGGUGAAUAAAGGAAAUGACAACGAUGUGACUCCAAUACAUGUUGCUGCUGAGAAUGGUCAUCUUGACGUCACCAAAUAUCUGAUCAGUCAAGGGGCUGAGGUGAAUAAAGGAGAUAACGAUGGUUCGAAUGCAUUACACAGUGCUGCUUACAAUGGUAAUCUUGAUGUCAGCAAAUAUUUGAUUGGGCAAGGGGCUGAGGUGAUAAAGGAAAACAACAUUGGUGCGACUGCAUUACACAUUGCUGCUCAGAAUGGCCAUCUUGACAUUACCAAAUAUCUGAUCAGUCAAGGGGCUGAUGUGAAUAAAGGAGAUAGCAAUGGUUGGACUGCAUUACACUUUGCUGCUCAGAAUGGUCAUCUUGAGGUCACCAAAUAUCUAAUCAGUCAAGGAGCCGAAGUGAACUCGAAGAAUAAAAACGGUUGGACUUCUUUAGACUUUGCUAUUUCCAAAAAUCAUAUUGAUGUCGUUCAAGUUCUUAAGGCUGAAGGUGCAAUUGUCCAUAUACUUAAUGAGCAGAGAGUCUUAUACGUGGUACUUCCCUUGAUCGACACUCCAAAACCUCUCAACGCCACUUCGAAUACCGAGAUUUCAGACGAGUUAUACAAUAGAAACCUAUCACCGGAGAAGGCUCCGGUGUUCUAUCCUCUUGACAGUGGAGCAGAGACAGAUACGGAAGAUAACUCAAGCAAACUACCAAUCCACUAUGCCAAGGAUGAAGCGGUGAAACAGAUGAUCUUAUCGAGAAUGAAUUUUCCUGAAAAGGCUCAUAAUCAAGCAUCCACAGAAAGCACGGAUGCAGAAAGCCCACUGGAAUCAAGAAUGUCUACUGAAGCGAUUUCAGAGGAUUUCACGACACCCCAGGAUGAUCCAAACUCUGAAGAUAAGAAGGAGCAGAGCGAGAGGAAUAAAACUCAAAAUCAAACGACAGAAAGAGAGCAGGAUCAUACUGAUGAUGAACAAGAUGACCUGAUCCAACUGGAAAAGCAUGGCAUUACGGUCAGGAUUUCGAAAUAUGAACUUUACAGCGCAAAGGACAUCACAGUGGAAGUGAUUGAAGACGUCCCACCUGAGCUGGAGCUGAAGGAGACAGAAGCCAUCAUUGCGGCUGGAUUGAAGAUGUCGCCUUCUGAUGCAAUCUUUGACAGUCCUGUGAGAGUAACGAUGCCCCAUUGCGGUGCAUUCACAAAACCAAAGGAUGCAGAAGUCUACAUCCAUUAUCGCAACAACGAUUCUGCAAAGUUUACUGCAAUUCUUUGUGGCAGCACGAGUAGCCUGAGAUGUGUUGUGAGAGAUCGCGAUCUGGAUAUUUACGUCAACCACUUCUCAGAAUAUUGGAUUGUUGCUAAAAUAAGACGGAUAUUUAUUGGCAAACGUGUUAUCUGUACACCAAUCAUUCCUGUGUCAGCACCUCGAAAUCGCCUGCCCGUUUUGUGGGUCAAUGUAAGGGACCAAAACAUUGCAGAAGGACAGGUUCCAAAAGGAUAUGAGGUCCCGAUUCCAGGAGAGCAAUUCUUAAUCAGAUGGAAGUCAGGGGGAUUACAAAUUUCUUGUAAAGAAAGUACCUUGAAAGACAAGCCUCAGAUUGUCCAGGAAAGGGAAUUUCGUCACCUCACUGAGCACAAAGUAAUGUUCGAAGUGGAUACACCAAACAUUACUGAGAAUGAAGUCAACCUACACAUCACCCUAAGACAGAGUACAACGAAGAGGCUCAUAGUUCCAAUGUCAUUAAAUGAAACAGCUACGGAGAUAUCAGAGGGAGGAGCACGUUCACCAUCAACGAUAGCGACAUCAUCAUUCCCAUCGGCUGGCAAUCAUCCUGCAGAAACUAUAGGUUCUGGUUUUACUUCUGAAACAAGAGAGCCAGGGAGAAAAUGUGAGAGCGAUUUCGAUGACAUUCUGAGGGCAAUUGCAAGGAAGAUCGUCAAAAGCAGUGAUAUUGAUAAUCUAGGCGGUAAACUUGGCCUAGAACCAGAAGAUAUACGACGCUACAUACAAGCUAACACGGAUGCAGACUACAUGGGCACGCUGAAUAUGCUCCGAACAUGGAGGAGAGGAACGACUGAAUCAAAGGAACGUGAACAAUUGAGGAAGGCCCUUAUAGGUAUCAAGCAUAAGCAUUUGGCAGACAAAUACAUGGGUGAUGCCAAGCUUAAAUGAUCCUAAAAUGAUAGUAAAAAAAGACUAAAUAUAAAGAGAAAGCUGAAAUGGAAUUCUUCCGCUUAAGUGUAUCGAUUCAUUAAAACUAUCAUGAAAUAGUACGCCUUGCAAAUAUUAUGAGUCAUUUCCACAACCAUUUGAAUUCUAGAUUCAGCGUGGAAUUUUACUGGAUUCCUUCACGGUCUAUAGACCGGGUACCAGACAGCAGUGGAUCUAGCCUUUUACCAAGAGGGGGAUUUGACCAGAAAGAAAAUCACCCGCGAACCGAAAAGCGGCGAGCUGAUUUUUUUUUCCUGCUAUUUUCAGGCCAGAGGGCGGAUCCAGCUUUCGCAAAUAGGGGGGGGGGGGCGAAAAUAUUUGUUUCCCACAUUUUCCGUGGUAGGCAUCUCAGAGCUGUGGGUUGCUGGUUUCUUUAAAGAGGUAGUCUUAUUUACUUCUUAGAUAAGUUUUGACAAUCACACCUGAAAAGGGAUAUUUUAAAUACUCUAUGGAAUACACGAAGUGAAUAGGUACUUCACAAAUCAAAAAAUGCGAUCAUGCAGCGCGAGCUUAAAACAUUAGAUAUUCAGAUCACAAAACGAGACAUUUUUUCAGAUUACUUUUUAUCUUAAAUCAAUUGGAAAUUGAAUAAAAGAAUGACAGCUCGACAUCCGAGCUGAAAUAUGUAUAUUGACUUCCAAACCGGAUGUUAUAAGCUCCAUUUCAGCCUACUGAGCAAGACCUGUAUCUCAUCGGAAAGGCAAUGUGAGCGCAAAGCGCGAGUGAAAAUUUUGAAUAGUGACAUGAAAGUCUUUUUAUCUUCAAAGUCUUUUCCUCAACCUUUUUUAUUAACUCGUUUUCCUCCUCUUUUUUCUCUUUUCAUCUUCUUUCCCUUCUUCUUUCGUCUUUCUUUCCCUAUUUUAAUUGUCAGCCCAAGGGGGGGGGGGUUUAAUCCCCAACCCCCUUAGAUCUGCCACUGCCAGAUGAUCCUUGAAGAUUGUAUGGUGAUUUAGAGAUGGUAGAAAAGACACGGAGUUUACCGAGUGCAUAGUGCAUUGAGAGUGACUGUUUGGAUGAGGGAAUGAAGACAGGGUUAUGUCGAAUAGUCGAUUUGACAAUUUCCGAACCUCGAAAUGUUUUUUCCGAUGAAGCUUUUUUCUUGAUUCAUGUUCCUAUGGGGUCCUAGAACACAUUCAGCUUGGUUUCCCAAACGGCAACUUCGGGCAAUUUCGCUAAUUUGCAUAAAUCCAAAAUGGCCGCCAGAUGCCAUCUUGAAAAAUUAAAUUUGAACCACUUGCCCCAGUAUGAUAAGUAAAACAUCUGUUUAGGGGGUUUGGGGUGUGUAGAACCCAUCUCUGCUCUUUUUUUUUUGCAAAAUAACGUCAUUAUCAGGUCAAAUCCAAGAUGACCGCCAGAUGACGCCAUCUUGAAAUAUCUAGUUUUGAACCCUUUGCCCAAGAAUCAUGAAGAAUACCUCUUUUCGUGAGUUAUUUGGUACGUUGAUUCCAUUCCUGUUUUGUAAAUUUUGUAAUAUAGGAUCAUCUUCAGAUGCAAAGAUGGCCGCUAAACGCAAAAUGAAAAAAAAAUUAAUUCCUUGCCUUAUGUGUAGGAGGUGAUGUAAGGGGAUUUCAGUAAGAAUACUAAGAAUUCUUUUACAAUUUAUCAUUUUUUUUAGGUCGAGGUGAAGUCAAAUCUGAGAUGGUCCAGAGAUUGCUAGACCUCGUCAUUAACCGCUUAUCUUAGAAUGAAUCAUAAUAAGGUUUUGGGCUAUGAUGCAUUUCGCGUGUUCUUAUCAAUGUUUUUUUUCUUAUGCCCAUCCAUACUUUCGUACUGAAGAGGCUUCAAAGUAUUUUGAAUAACAAAGUUUUUUCUCCAUAUUUUUCCUAAAUCAAAGAGUCCAAUGAUGUGUCUGCAUUCGUUCGUCUCGAAAGACGAUGGUGUAGUGCUAGGUCUUCCAUUUUCGCCAAGGUUUCAUGCGGCGAACAUGCCCCGACCACUUGAGUCGCAUUUGACCAAGAAGCGAGAAUAAGCUCGGGAUGCCAGAUCGUUCGCUGAAGGACGUUUGUAUUUUCACUUUUACCUGCCAUUAAUGUGCAGGGUACGUCCGACGCAGCUGACAUAGGUGUUAAAUUACUUUUCUUGAUUGGCGUAUGUUGUUCAGUUCCUUUCGGGUCAGUAAUUUCAGCCCGCGCUUCGCGCUCGCAUAAUGUUUGUUGAAAGGCACAGCUUGCUCAAUUACAUAUGCGGUAUCUGAGUUUGUUCUAUAUAUAUAUAUAUAUUGUGAAAAUAUUAAGUUUCUGUACCGACAGUGAUUUUUUUUUUCUUUUUUAAGGUCUAACCAUGUCUAAACAUUUUUCAAUCAAAAGAUGAUAUGGUAGUUUGCCAUUGUAUCUUCUCUCCAUGAGGACAAGCAUCUAUAUUCUUAAGCAUAUUUUAUAAUCAUGGCACAUUACUCAGGGACAUAUCUCGCAUAAACAAAUAAUGUGAACGCGAAGCGCGAGCUGACAGAUAUUGAUGUUAUUGACCUAAAAAAUCAAUUUUUAAGGAUUAUUUGCAUGAAGUCUCACAAAAUUAAGGAUAAGAGUGAGAAUCGCGAGCUGAUAUUUUGUGAAUAUAUUGAACUAAAUACAAAACAUUUUUUAUGGACUAUUUGUAGAAAUUUAUGAUUAUCAUACGUAUCUCACUAAAAAGAUGAUGUGAGUGCGAACUGAACGUUUUUGGACAUGCUGACCUGAAAACGAGACUUAUAAAACACAUUUCUUAAACGUGAACAUGAAUUUUAUCUCCCGGACAUAUCCCAUUAAACAAAAUGCUGAGGCCCGUAUUCUGAAGUCGGGUUUAACUUAAACCCAUGUUUAAAGUUGUGGUUAAAGUAUGGAUAGCCAAUUGUUACAUAAAUCACUAACGGUAUAGAGAUAUCUUAUUUCAGCUCAUUUGGCUCUCAAAUCUUUCAUAAUUGUCUAGGAAGCAUAAAUAGAUGAUUGUCUUCACCAUCGAUGAAUCAGGAAAGAGCACAGUAAACAUAAGAAACAUACAACUUAAUAAAAAAGUUGACACUUUUGGCUUCCCAUAAUUUUAGCACAGGGUUAGACCAUGGUCUAAGUUAACCCCGACUUCAGAAUAUAGGCCUGAGAAUGCAAGUGGGAGCUGAAAUGUGUGCCUUGGCCCAUAGAGCUUGGCCCUCACACGUAUAUGCAAUGUAGCGACCAAACACGGCAAUUGGCAACUUUCAAUAUGCAUAAUGACACACUAAUCACACUUCAUACCGUACAAUCCGUUGUGGGUACGACGGGCCUGGCCCAGGGCCCCGUUGCAUAAAACUUAUUUUUAUGGUAACUCUGCCAUCCAAUUUUAGCUUCCUUCCUACGCAUCGUUACCAUGGUAGUUACCAUUGGAUUGCAAAGUUACUUUUAUGCACUAAACGGGACAGGCCCGUCGGACCCGCUGAUGUUAGCAGUUCUACGUCGAACGACACAGUCCAAGAUAUAUUCACUCUAGUUGUAAAUAAAUCAAUCUGUAUUAAGAGAACAAAUUUAAUCAGAAAUUAUACACGUAUCUUCAGUUCUUCGUAAUAAAUUCUAAAUUUACACAUUUCUCUAAAGUAUAAUCAUGCCUUGAACUGUACUUUUUUUAUUAAACCAUAGACGUUACU